AUGUUUGUAUUUGUCUUAUUANUGACUUGUCCUUUGCAGGUUAUCAAUGUGUAUCUUGAACUGUUAAAAGAGAGAGAGAAAAGGGAGCCCCAAAAGUUCUUGAAAUGUCAUUUCUUUAACACAUUCUUUUACAAGAAGUUGAUAAGUGGCAGGGGAGGCUAUAACUAUCAAUCUGUGAGAAGAUGGACAUCCCAAAGAAAGCUGGGAUACUGCCUACUCGAAUGCGAUAAAAUAUUUGUCCCUAUCCACAAAGAAAUACAUUGGUGUUUAGCUGUUAUCAAUAAGAAGGAUGAAAAGUUCCAAUAUCUUGAUUCACUCAGAGGAAGGGAUACUCAAGUGUUGAAAGUGCUGGCUAGGUACUUUGUUGAUGAGGUGAAGGACAAAAGUGGGAAAGACAUUGAUGUUAGUUCAUGGAAGCAAGAGUUUGUGGAGGACCUUCCGGAGCAAAAGAAUGGAUUUGACUGCGGUGUGUUCAUGAUAAAAAAUGCUGAUUUCUACAGCAGAGAUAUAGGCCUCUGUUUUAAUCAGGAAGACAUGCCGUAUUUUAGGUUGAGGACUGCGAAGGAGAUCUUGAGGUUGAAAGCAGAUUAAACAAUCCUGAGCAUGCUCCUUUUUUGUCAUGUAGUAUAUCCUGUUUCAACAAAGGAAUGAUUAUGUAGCUCAAAUGUUGUGUGAUUGAUGCGAGGCUAACUAUUCCUUGAAGACCUUUAGUGUGAUUAGUCAAAAGUGUUAUUUCAAUCUUUAGCUGGUUAGUAUCCAAGAAAGGCUUGAUUUUGUAAGUUGAGUUUGAAAGUGCUUCUUUAGGUUAAUUUUUUAAUUCAGUCUUUUUGGUCCCCAGAGAGCAUUCAAAUUUCACUUUAGAUGAAAUUCAGAGUUGUAUUUGUUUUGUGUAACUAAUAUUCAUGUAUGGCACAUGCAGAGGUAUCGCGUGUUUGGAUUGUGUUA